AUGGCAGUCCAAUGGGCAGUACAUAUUAUUUUGGCACUGGUGUCUGUGAUACCGGUCGCUCAGGCCAAGAACGGGGCUGACCUCAAAGAUUUACACGAUGAGUUAUUUAACAAGCGUUCGUACCCGAAGUUCAUUAUACCCCGUGCUGACGUGAAUAAGCCGAUAAUUAUAUCUGUAGCGUUCUAUUUACACGGAAUCAACUAUCUGGACGAGGUUGAAGGGAAACUCGUCACCACGGCACAUCUGGAGCUAGGAUGGAAUGAUACAUUCCUGACAUGGGAUAGAAGGGAUUUCAGUAACAUCUCUUAUUUCUACAUGCCUCAGUCCGAAGAUUGGAGACCGGACGUCUCAUUAUACAAUGGCUUCACCAAACUAAAAGAGCUUGGCGAUGACGUUAUUCUGGUGAAGGUAUAUUAUGAUGGUCGAAUGGAAUGGAAUCCGUUCGAAGUAUUCGAGACCAAGUGUGACAUCGCCAUAAAACGAUUCCCAUUCGACUGUCAAAAGUGCAAGCUGGUAUUAAGAAUGUGGACAUCAGGAGCAGAAGACGUUAAAUUUGGGUUAAGGGACUCGGUACUCAAUAUGGUAUCAUUCGAACCUAAUGGAGUGUGGGAUCUCCGCUCAUCCAAGAUUGAGCUGGAUCGAGGCAAUGCCAUCGUUUCUCUUGAACUUGACCGACGGCCGGAACAUUACUUACUGACUCUCAUCUGCCCCAUACUCUUACUGUCUUUUCUUUCCAUCUUUACAUUCGUCAUUCCCGUCGACAGUGGAGAGAAAAUGGGGUACAGCAUGACUGUCUAUCUGGCGUUUGCUGUUUUUCUUACGAUCGUCAGUUCUUCUCUACCGGUCAACUCCCGGGCCAUGUCCUACAUGGCCGUGUAUCUGAUCGGCCUACUAGAGAAGGGAACGUCUAUCGUUAUUGUCACUGCUGCUCAGGUUCGACUUCAUCACCGUCAAAGUAAUGUCGACCUACCUCCGAGCUUGCGGCGUGUCAUUAAUAUCAGUAGAGGAAUGUAUAUCUGUUCUGGAAGACGAGUGAAACCAAACAGGAUUGAUGUAACCAAGAAAACAUCAUCAAAAAAUGAUAAGUCGGAUAACAGCGUCCCUUUCUACCGAAACGUCAUAGCAGUGAAGGAGUGCCCAGACACCAGAUUGUCGUCGGACGCAAGCAGUGAGUACGAAGACAACGUAGAUGAGAUGUUUACAUGGGCCGACUUCUCUACGGCUCUAGACAGCUUCUUAUUUUGCUUCUUCUUCACUGUCGCCGUAGUUUUGACCGUUGUGUUUUUUACGGCAGCCCUCUAG